GUCGCCCCGGCUUCCCGUGCGGCCAAGUACUAAACGAGCUGCAUUGCCUAUUAUGCUGUAGCAAAUUUGCGUUUCUCGCUGCACAUCGUAUUGGAAUUGUGCUUGUUGGGUCUUCUCUAAGCUUCUCCGCAGAUUUUUAGAGCCUCUCUAAGUCCAUUUUUCAGCACUCGAAGAUGGAUUUUCUUAUGAAUGCAGCGAAGAUUGCUCAAGAUGUGAAAGGUGAUGGGAAGAAGAAGGAAGGGGGAGAGUCAGGGGGGUUUGGUGAUAUGUUGGGUGGGUUCAUGGGCGGAGGUGAGAAGCAGAAGCCGAAGCCCAGGCGAGAUGACGGAGAGUACGACGAGGAGAGGCCUCACGGGAGCAGAUACGGUGAUGAUGAAGCGCCUCAUAAAAGCCAGUCUGGAAGCGCAGGGCACAAGAAACCAUCGACCGGCGAGCUUUUUAGCAGUGCCCAGGUCUUGUACCAAGCUGCAUCCGGCGGGAAAGUUGAUCAAGGCAAGCUUGCAGGGGCUGCGUCCGACUUGCUCGAUGGAUUGUCAAUGUAUGGAGGAGAGAAGUCCCCCUAUUCUGCAUAUGCGCAGCAGGCUAGUUCCUAUCUAGACGGCUACGGAAACAAGCACGAGGCUCCAGGUGCCCACGGUUCGGCGAAACCCCACAGUGGUCGUGGUCAGUCAAGUGGUGAGGACGAAGACUAUCAUCCUUCCAAACCCCGACCCUCGAAGUACGAUGAUGAAGAGUCUGAGUCUCGGCCAACCAAGCCCCGUCCUUCACGACAUGAUGACGAAGACUCAGAAUCUCGUCCAGCAAAACCUCGUCCUUCACAAUAUGAUAACGAAGACUCAGAAUCUCGUCCAGCUAAACCUCGUCCUUCGCACUACGAUGAUGAAAACUCAGAAUCUCGUCCAGCUAAACCUCGUCCUUCACACUAUGAUGAUGAAGACUCAGAAUCUCGUCCAGCUAAACCUCGUCCUUCACAAUAUGAUGAUGGAGACUCAGAGUCUCGCCCUUCCAGGCCCCGACCUUCCAAGUAUGAGUCCGAGGAAUCUGAGUACGGUGGCCGACCGUCGCAGCGCGAGGAAGAGCAUGGAGGUAACCGUCGGCCUCAGAAAUCCCUAUAUGGCGAUGAAGGAUAUGGCUCCAGGACUGAUAACAACCAGGAGGAGGAAUCAGAGAAGCCCAAGAAGUCCUGGUAUGAUUAGAGUGAUGUCACAAAACGAUGUCCUUCAUCAGGAAUGUACACAUUGUUUCUCGUCUAGCUGCGUGGAAGGGGUUGGUUCUUGAGAUGUGACCCGACAAGCCUUGUAUGCAAUAUUCUACCUUUUUCAAUGUCCGAAUAACCGUUGUAUAAAUGGAUCUGAUCAUUCAAAUCAUAUUGAAUCAUCACACAUGACCACUGGUCGUGUGCUACAUUUAUUUCUCUUAGAUGUGAAAUUGAACCCGGAUAUUGUGGCUAGUAAUUUGUUUCGAGCAGAGAAAUCAUCCUCUGGUGAAACUUCGUGCACUUGCGAGAAGUUAAUUUCA